UUUGGCAAUAUGGCUGUGGUGUUCGAGUUUCGCUUGUAGUGUGCGGUGCUCGCAACGUUUCCACUGUAUAACGAAGUAUUUCCGACGGCUAUAAAGUUUCAUUUUUAAUUUUUUUAGUGUUCACUAGUUCUGUUUACCUUAUUUUAACCAAAGUUUUGUGAGAAAAAUACUGUUUUUUCAUUUCCUUCGUCACCAGAAUCAUGCCACGACAAAAUGGCGUCGCUUGACAAGAUUUUACAGCAAAAAUAUUUUUUGGUUUUUAUCAGCUUUCCCCAAAAAUAUUAUUAGAAAAAUUGAUUCUAAUAUUUCCGUAAUUUAUUCUUCUCAAUGAUUUUCUCAUUUUAUAUUAUUGUCAUUAGAUGAACUUACAAGUUACAGUGCUUUCUUCCAAUAUUCUGCAAAAUGCUCCUGAAGGGAUUCAUGACUGAAUCCGGGAGUGAUUCAACAAGUGAAAAGGGGGAGAAAAGUGAUUCAAGCGGAUCAGGUUCAGGAAGUGAAAGCGAAAGUGGCUCUAGUUCAUCUGGAUCAGGGUCUGGUGAGCAAUCUGGUUCUGAUAAAUCAUCUGUAGCUGACAGGUCACAUCAUAGCGAUGACACUAGGUCAUCUCCAAAACACAGUAAUCCUAAUUCUUCAAAGUCUGAUCAUCAGACUGAUAAAGAUUCAUCUGGCGAAGAAAGGCAUACAAAAUUCAAAAGAAACAAUCAUAGCAAGGUGAAAGCUGACCUCUGGGAAGAAAAUCCAGAUAUAUAUGGAAUUAGAAGAUCAGGGAGAUCACGAAAAGAACCAGAUAGACUCAAAAUUAUGGAUAGUGACUCUAGUGAAAGAGGGAAAAGUCAUAGCAGAAAAAGCAGAAAAAAAAGUGACUCAUGGAAUUCAGACACAUCUGACAGCGAUAGUGAUAUGAAAGGUUCACCCCCACCACCCUCAAAACGUCCAGGCCAAAGAAGUGUACCUCUCAGAAAAAAGAAACCAGCACGGAGAAGAAGGUUUACAAGUGAUGAAGAUGAAAGUACUGAAGCUUCUGAUGAAGAUACCAGGAGUCGUACAGCAACACGGCGGACUGGUGCUGCAGUUAGUUAUAAAGAAGCUAGUGAUGAACAAACUGAUUCUUCUGAUCUGCUAGAAGUAGAAGGUGUUGAUGGUGAAGCUGAAGGUGAACCAGAACCAGAGGAUCAUAGUGAAACUAUUGAGAAAGUUUUGGGAAUGCGAAGAGGAAAGAAAGGAGUCACUGGGAAUGUGACUACAAUAUAUUAUAUAGAAGAACAUGGGGAUCCCAAUGAAGGAUGCAAUCCAGAUGAUGAAGAAACAACCGAACCGCAGUACCUGAUCAAAUGGAAAGGGUGGUCCCAUAUUCAUAACACAUGGGAAUCUGAAAAGUCACUAAACGAACAAAAAGUUAAGGGACUUAAAAAAUUAGAAAAUUAUAUAAAGAAAGAAGGUGAAUUAUCAUGGUGGAGACAAAGUGCAGGACCAGAAGAUAUUGACUAUUUUGAAUGUCAAGCUGAGUUGCAACAGGAAUUAGUAAAGACAUACAACAAUGUAGAAAGAAUAAUAGCUGAACAAACACGUGAGUUAGAAGGGGGUGGUACUGCACAUGAGUAUUUUUGCAAAUGGGAGUCAUUACCAUAUGCUGAUGCUACGUGGGAAGAUUCCUCCUUAAUAGAAAAGAGGUGGCCAGUAGAAGUAGAGCAUUUCAGGACCAGAGAAGCAGCCAAAACUACUCCUUCUAGACAUUGCCCUGUUUUAAGGCGGCGGCCUAAGUUUCAUCAAAUUAAAGAGCAACCUGAGUACAUGGGGAAAGAUCAGACAUACUUAUUAAGAGAUUAUCAAAUGGAUGGAUUGAAUUGGUUAAUACAUUCCUGGUGUAAAGACAAUUCUGUUAUUCUAGCAGAUGAAAUGGGCUUAGGAAAAACUAUUCAGACUAUAUGUUUUUUGUACUACCUCUUCAAAUCUCAACAAUUGUAUGGACCAUUCCUUUGCGUGGUGCCACUCAGCACGAUGACUGCGUGGCAGAGAGAGUUUCAACAAUGGGCACCAGACAUCAACGUUGUGACGUACAUCGGUGACGUCAUUAGUCGUGACAUUAUCCGACAGUUUGAAUGGAGUUUCGCCAGUUCUAAGCGACUAAAAUUCAAUGCCAUUUUAACUACCUAUGAGAUUUUAUUAAAAGAUAGACAAUUUUUGAGGUCUUUUAGUUGGGCAUGCCUCCUUGUAGAUGAAGCACACAGGCUGAAAAAUGAUGAUUCCUUACUGUACAAAGCAUUAAAGGAAUUCGAUACAAACCACAGGCUACUGGUUACGGGUACCCCAUUACAGAAUUCUCUCAAAGAAUUAUGGGCCCUAUUGCAUUUCAUAAUGCCUUAUAAGUUUGAGACAUGGGAAGAAUUUGAGAAAGAUCAUGAAGACGCAGCUACGAAGGGUUAUGAAAAGUUACAUAAACAGUUAGAACCUUUUAUACUGAGAAGACAGAAAAAAGACGUUGAAAAAUCGCUACCUGCCAAGGUGGAACAGAUAUUGAGGGUAGAGAUGACUUCAAUUCAAAAGCAAUAUUACAAGUGGAUUCUUACAAAAAAUUAUAGUGCCUUGCGGAAGGGAGUGAAAGGAUCCAUAAACACUUUCAUCAACAUCGUUAUAGAGCUGAAAAAAUGCUGCAAUCAUGCGCUUUUAACGAAACCAGAAGAUUUUGAGUCAAGAGCGUCGCUUGCCACUAAUGAUGCCGUGGAGAAACUAUUGAGAGGAUCUGGCAAAUUGCUCCUACUAGACAAAUUGCUCUGUAGGUUGAAAGAAACUGGCCACCGCGUGCUAAUAUUUUCUCAAAUGGUCAGAAUGUUGGAUAUUUUGGCUGAAUAUUUGCAACGGAGACAUUUCCCCUUUCAACGCCUUGACGGGAGUAUAAAAGGUGAAAUCAGAAAGCAAGCAUUGGAUCAUUUCAACGCCGAAGGGUCUGCAGAUUUCUGCUUCUUGCUGUCCACGAGAGCUGGCGGAUUGGGAAUCAAUUUAGCUACAGCAGAUACUGUCAUUAUUUUUGACUCUGAUUGGAAUCCUCAAAAUGAUCUUCAAGCUCAAGCUCGCGCCCAUCGUAUUGGACAAAAAAAUCAGGUCAACAUUUAUCGGCUAGUGACUGCUAGAUCAGUUGAAGAAGACAUAGUAGAGAGGGCGAAACGCAAGAUGGUACUUGAUCAUCUAGUCAUUCAACGGAUGGACACGACUGGGCGGACAGUGCUUAACAAACGCGAUGCCUCGGGUACCACUGCGAACAAUCCUUUUAACAAAGAGGAUUUGAAUGCUAUACUGAAGUUCGGAGCCGAAGAGUUGUUCAAAGAUGACGAUGAAAACGAUGAGGAUCCUGUGUGUGAUAUUGACGAGAUCCUACAGCGAGCUGAGACGCGGGACGAAGGUCCUUCAAUGGCAGGAGACGAGUUGUUGUCCGCAUUUAAAGUAGCUAGUUUUGCUUUUGAUGAAGAAAAAGCUGUAAUGGACGUUAAAAAAGAACACACAGAGGAAGAAAGCAAAGAUUGGGAUGAUAUCAUACCAGAAAAUGUUAGAAAGACCAUUGCAGAACAAGAAAAGAAUAAGGAAAUGGAGGAUUUGUACUUGCCCCCACGAAGAAAGAAUUUGCAGCAAAAUAAUGCAGAUACAAAACGCGGUCGCAAAGGUCGUAGUCGUGCGUCAGGCGAGGGCGAUGGCGAUGGCGAGGGCGACGCAGAGAGCGACGCGAGCGACGGCGACGCCAGCGCCGACGACGACCGCCCCAGGAAGCGUGGUCGGCCACCUGCCUCGCACAGAGAGAAGAUUAAAGGCUUCACUGACGCAGAGAUAAGAAGAUUCGUAAAGAGUUACAAGAAAUUUUCAGCGCCAUUGAAGCAUUUAGAUAGCAUAGCAUGUGAUGCCGAACUACAGGAGAAGCCCCUAGCAGAACUUAAGAAAUUAGGGGAGAUCCUAGCAGAGCGGUGUAGGGCGGUAUUGAAUGAAACUACAGAACCGACCAAUGAACAAAAUGACGGCCGCAAAAAUGCCCGGAAGACGUUUAAACUCGGUGGUGUACCUGUUAACGCAAAGACAUUGAUGGCAUGUCAAAAUGAGCUGGCUCCUUUAGAUGAAUUCUUGCCACAAACUAAAGAAGAGAGGCUGAAAUGGCAGCUUGAUUUCAGGACAAGACCGGCUAAUUUCGAUGUAGAGUGGGGAAUACCAGACGACUCAAAGUUGUUAGCUGGUAUAUACCAAUACGGUAUGGGUUCUUGGGAAGCAAUAAAAAUGGACUCUUCGUUCGAAAUAGGGGAUAAAAUUCUUACAAAUGAAGAUAAGAAACCUCAGGCGAAGCAUUUACAGUCGAGAGCUGAAUACUUGUUGAAGUUGAUAAAAAAGUUGCUUGACCAGAAGAAUGGGAAGCAGAAACAGAGAAAGCCGCGUAUGAAGAGGGGGAAUAAAGAGCCUGUCACUAAAGAUAUCGUUGAGGACGAUGGUAGUUCUGGGGAUGAAAAUAAGAAAAACAAGACUGCUAAAAAUGAUAAGAAUGACAAGGGCAAAACGAAGUUAGAAGAUAUUUCCACUCAUGAUGAGACAUCUAAUGAUAGGAAAGAAAAAGAUAAGAAACGCACAAGAAAAGAAGGGAAGGAUCGGACCAAAGCUGAUAAGGUGAAGGGACGCAAGAAGCCUGCCGGCCCGAUGCAUUUUACCGCCAAUAAUGAGCCACGCGCUCUGGAGGUUUUAGGCGACCUCGAUCCGUCGGUCUUUGAAGAGUGCAAAGAAAAAAUGAGGCCAGUAAAGAAAGCCCUCAGAGCACUCGACAAUCCCGAUCAAACGUUAUCAGAGUCUGAACAAGUUAUCAGGACGCGGACUUGUCUCACACAGAUAGGUAACCAAAUUGAUAUAUGCUUAGAUGCAUAUCCGGACCCAGAAAAGAAGGUUGAAUGGAGAAGCAAUCUCUGGUACUUUGUUUCCAAAUUCACAAAUUUUGAUGCCAAGCAGCUAUACAGGUUGUACAAAUAUGGUCUUAAGAAAAACACAGAAGCUAAGCAAAAAAAAGACGGCAAACAUAAAAAAGAAAAUAUGAAGUUUGUUUUACAGACAAAUAAUCACAACUCUAAUAACCACAAAAAGUUGUCGAAAAAAGAGGCUAAACAUGAUAAUGAUAGAAAGGAAAAGAAAAUAAAGAAUGAUAAGGAGAAGACUGAUAAAUCGAAAUCGAAUAAUGAUAAAGCGCCUCACUCUUCUGGAGUGAAAAGAAAGCUGGAGGAUGGAGAAUGUGACCCUGAUUUGUCUGAAAACAAACGUCAUGAGAGACAUAAACACAAGCACAAGGAUCGCAAGGAUAGGGAUAGGAACCUGAAGCGGGACGAUUUGAUCUGCAGAGAGCGCAGUCGGUCGGAGAGAGAGCGGGACCGGGACCGAGACCGGGAUCGGGACAGAGAGCGGGACCGGGACCGGGAUCGGGAUCGCCACGAGCGCGACAGGGAGCGCUCGCGGACGAGGCGCGACAGCGGCGGGCUGGGGCCUCCGCGCGUGCGGCCCGCCUACGCCAUGCCGCACCCGCACCCCGACCACCCCGCGCACCCCGCUUGGACCGCGCCCGCUUACCCUGGGCCGCGCCAGUAUCGCGGCGACCGCAACCCACGAGCUCAUGAUAAAAGAAGCAGGUAUCCUAGCUACAGCGGCAUGGCUGGCCCGUACGCAGGUGGAUAUUACGAUAAUGGCGCCAUGGCGAGUGGGAUGGGAUUCCCGCCAGUGCGCCCCUACCCGGCGGAGGAGUGGCGGGGCUACACGCAGCCCGAGUAUGCGUAUGAUGACAGAGACUAUGAACGUGAGGUUUACAGAAGGGACUAUGAUCGCCGUGCGCCACCUACUUAAUGUUAGAGUUCGGUAAAAUUCUUUGUACAUAUAGUUUUAUUGUAUAUUGUAAAUAGCAAGUAGAUUAUCUCUUUCCAUGGACACUGGUUAAACCGUGAAGCUGUAAAAGUGUAAGUGACAAAAUAGUGCUGUGGUUUUAUCUAUGUGAUAAUGAUAAGCAAAGCGCAUCGAUUCAACUGAGACGUUAAUUAAUUUUAGUGACUGUGUUUUUAUAAGUGAGACUGUAUAGGAAAUUUAUUUAUUGCGAAUCUGUCGAUGAUUGUUAAUGUACAGAUAAUAGACAAAUGCCUACCAUUAAUUUUUAUAUUGUUUUCAAUUUUGUUGCCGAAUUUACUUGUAUUUUUAAUCUGUAAUCCAAUUUUCUAUUUAUUUGAUGCUACAUCACGAUGUAUGUAAUUAAUUUGAACGUCACAGGUGAUAAUAAUGAAUUGUAGUUCAUAAUAUUGUACAAAAUUUAGCAAUUGUUAGUAGGUUUGCAUUGAAUUCAAAAUCAUGUGCAAUUGUGUAUAGCAAAACAAAUGGGGCACAUCGACUUUGUCAUUGCAUUUUAGCAGUGAACAGGAAAGAGUGUUUGAUUUGUACAUUCAUUUCUCAUUCUUUUGUGCAUUUCCGAGCCCCAGUAGGGCUCGUACAGUCCUAUUUUUAUACAUUAUGUAAAGCCUUAUUCUCUGUUACACGAGAUUGAUUGUAAUGAGAGUGGGAGCAUCUUGAAUGGUAUAUACCAUGAUAAUAAACAUUAUUAAAGUUGA